CCCCCAGGCGGGAGGCGGGUCAGUCUCCUCUCCUCUCCCAGAUCUAUCAUCCGGCGGAGGAUCCACCAUGGCGCCUCCACCGCGCGGCCGCCUGCUCCUCCUCCUCCCUCUCCUGCUCCUCGCCGCGGCCGCGGCCGCCUCCACGGCCCGCGCCGACGACCUGGUCGCGGAGCUCCAGUCCCUCCGCGCGCGGUCCCCGUCGGGCGUGAUCCACCUCACCGACACCUCCGUCACCCGCUUCCUCUCGGGCACCGCCGCGCGCCGCCCCUACUCCGUGCUCGUCUUCUUCGACGCCGCCUCGCUCCACUCCAAGCCCGACCUCCACCUGCCCCAGCUCCGCGCCGAGUUCGCGCUCCUCUCCGCCUCCUUCCUCGCCCGCAACCCCGCCUCCGCUGACCUCUUCUUCGCCGACAUCGAGUUCGCCGAGUCGCAGCACUCCUUCCACCAGUUCGGCGUCAACUCGCUGCCCCACGUCCGCCUCGUCCGCCCCGACCACGCCGCCCUCGCCGGGUCCGAGCAGAUGGACCAGUCCCACUUCUCCCGCCUCGCCGACUCCAUGGCCGAGUUCGUCGAGUCCCGCACCGGCCUCGAGGUCGGCCCCAUCGUCCGCCCGCCGCUCCUCUCCCGCAACCAGGUCAUCCUGCUCGGCAUCCUCUUCCUCGCCUCCAUCCCAUUCAUGAUCAAGAGGAUCGUCGAGGGGGAGACCCUGCUCCACGACCGCCGGGUCUGGAUGGCCGGGGCGCUCUUCGUCUACUUCUUCAGCGUGUCUGGGGGCAUGUACGGGAUCAUCAGGCACACGCCCAUGUUCCUCACCGACCGCGCGGAUCCCAACAAGCUCGUGUUCUUCUACCAGGGGUCGGGGAUGCAGCUUGGGGCUGAGGGGUUUGCCGUAGGGUUCUUGUACACGCUCGUGGGUCUCAUGAUCGCUGGGGUGACGCACUUGUUGGUGAGGGUGGAGAGCCUGCAGACGCAGCGCUUUGCGAUGCUGGCUGUCAUGGUCAUUGGAUGGUGGGCUGUUCGGAAGGUGAUCUACCUGGAUAACUGGAAGACUGGUUAUAGCAUUCAUACCUUCUGGCCUAGCAGCUGGAGGUGAAAUGCUGGCCUAGAGGCGAUGGAUGCUUCCUUCCUUUGGUUCCAGAGCAUUGCUCUUGUGCUGGUAGUUUGAUCCUUGUUGAGCCAUGUUGUGUGCGCACACAAGUGAGUAAUUGUAUCAUCUUUCUUGUGCUGGUAAUUGUAUAUUUCUAAAGUUGUAGUUCUUCUUGUUUAAGGUUAGUACUGCAUUAUGUAGAAGAUUGUUGUGUGUCACAUGCACUCCAUGGCUCUAUACAUCGGUUCCACUUGUAUGGUGUACAAUACUUGUCUUGCAUGGAUAAGUAGUGUUACAAAUUACAAUUUAUCUUUAGGAUUUGUUAUACAUGAUUCUUCUGUAAACAUCUAAAGAAUAGAUGUGCUAUAUUUUGGUCAGAUGGCUUCCUUUUGACACCAAAGUUAUGAAUAACUAAUAACUUAAGCUGUCUUGACAUACAAUGCCAUUUUCUGCAGCAUGAUAGCAUUUAUUGUCACUGAAAAAUUAUGUUUUCAUAACUAAAACAGCUGUUAAUAAUUCAAGAAAAAAACGACAUAUUUCAAUUAAGUUAAUCAUGUUUGAACCCUAGUUCUGCACAGUUUUAACUAUCUGCUGGCCAAUGAUCAGAGGUUCCAAAUUGAGGCUCGCAUUUUCCCACCCAAUUGUGAGGUUCCAAUGGACAUUUCCUUAUGUUGGUCUUACGAACAAACUUAGCGCAUUAAUUUUCUGGAAAUUCUUUGAUGUUACUCUAGUUUUGUUAUAUUUACCACAAUAUAAAUUUCUGGAAGUACAACAACAUAGGGACUUGAUGAUAUACUCUUACUGGAUAUAUGGUGUUUGCACAAGUGCAGUUAUUUAUUCGAUCACAUAUAAGUUGGAGAGUUAUUAUGUGUAAUAUGUGGUUCAGGCGGAGUCUGUUUGCUGAAGUGUCUUGUAUAUUUCCUCAUAUCACUUCCAGUCUGAAAUUUUUAAGUUGUACCUGUGGUUCAGCACUCUAGGUGGAACAUGUCUUCAGAGUCCAUACUUUUUCAAAGACAUGAUCUUUCUUGAGUCAGUGAGAUGCCAUUUUGACAACUGAAUUUCGUAAUUAUAUAUUCAGGAAAAUGGUGUGAAGUAUAGUUUAUGAAAUAUUGUGUAUAAGAAACUCAUACUAUUUUGAUGCGUGAUGUGUUUCAGAAAAUUUAUUUGCAAUAUUAAUCUAGUUUCAGUGUAAGCAUUCUUUAGCAUAACUUUUAUUUUGUUUGAAGGGAAGGUUUUAACUUGUGAUUUUCACCCCUUGUGUGAGGUGACGGUAAAAUGUAGCCACGAAGCUAUCCUGUAUGGUUGGAUUUAGCCCCCAAAAGUAUUUAACUAAUAUAUAACAUGGUCUAAAAGUAAAUAGAAUGCUACCAUGUAGAAACUGAUUGUCUGGGGUUUGAAGUAACAAGCAGUGAAAUAGUUAGUGCGUACAGUAUAUCCGACUCGUCUUCUUUUAGUUGUUAUAUGUUACAGCAGACAAAUAUUUUAUGAUUUG